AUGUCUACCGAAACGUCUCCUAGCUCUGUUCACCGCAGGACCCUGUUCAAGGUCCCAGAUCGGGACAAUCAGCAGAAGCUUAUUGAGGCGUACCGCGUGUUGAUGAAGGACCAGGUCAAGGACGGAAAACCUUAUAUCCUCCGCUCCGUGACCGGAAUAGCCAAAGAUGACCCGCGCUCCAGGAACUACACAGUCAUCUCAGACAUGUGGUUCGCCAACCUCGACGACAUGAAGUACUACGACACCGAGUGCCCGGCGCACGCGGCGCUGAAGACUGCAAUAAAGGAGUAUCUUGCAGAGCCGCCGCUAGUCAUUUGCACGGAUGGACCUUCUGGACUUGUGGGCUAA